AUGGAGGCGGCGGCAACUGACGCGAACCCAAACUCGCGAAGGAAUUCUGCCUCGCAGAAAACGGCCGGAUCUGUAGUGUCCCCGUCGAAGACUUCGGAGGGCACUUCAAGCCUUUCGCCGCCCGUGGACUCCCCUCGGUCUCAACGCGCCAGGGGGAGUUCUCCCGUUGCCGCCGACACAGAAGGAUCUUGUCAGGCGCGAGAGUCUGAAGGAACAGAGCCGACAGGGCCGCCUUCGCCGUCAAAAGAUGCGGUGCGCGACCAGCAGAGGAGCAGAGCGAGCGGCGUCUCCGCAGUUCGGCGCGCGGCGACUCCGGGUAGUGUCAGUGAGGAGCCUCACGGCGAGGCCGGGCGUCAGAGAGAGCGGAAGUCUGAGGAAGCAUCUGCGAGUGACGCGCAAGAACAGCCCGUCGCAGAAGACGAAGAGAUAGGAGAGCAGGAAGAUGGGAGAGACAGUCUCUCGCAACCGGAAGGAGGCUCCGCGGGGGAUGUCCUCGUCCCAGGGACCAUGGCAGCUAACAUUCCACGGGUUCGAGGAAAGCAGGCUUGGAGGGAAAAGGGGGCUGUGCGCAGCUUUGGUCGCUUCUGCAGAGAGGCGGCGAACCGCGCAAAGGGAUCGUGGGAGACACAGAAACAAGCGCGCAACGAGCAGAGAGCCAUGCGGCAAGCUGAGCGGGAAAUGCGCGAGGAGAGGGCGGCGGUGCUGCGACGACGGAGAGAAAAGACUGAAGAGAAAAAGCGACGGAAAGAGGAGAACGAACUCAAGAGCAGCCAGGUACAGGUCAUCAAGAACACCUCGAAACUGCGCAAGUGGGGCAAGAAGGCUCGACGAGACCUAGUCAAAAUGAGUCCCGAGAUGAUUCAAAAGUUGUAUAAUGUUCGCGUGUAG